CCGUUUUCUGGAAGGUUCUUGCGGGCCGGCGGACAUUUUGGGCGUCGCGGCCGGUGGCGGCGGAGAGGACGACGCGGAUCGCUAGUCGGAGAGCCUCGCCGGCCCCUGUUGCUCAGCGUGUCGUUCGUGGAGGCCAAGAUGCGGCACUCGAGAAGAACGGCUUGUCCCGACUGGGACGAGAAGGAGAGCUGGCCUCAGCGGAGGUGCGGCAGCCAUAAACGGAAGAGGAGGUCACCCAGCAGUGCCCGGGACAACAAGCGCUGCAAGCAUAAUCACUCAAAAGGGUCUGAUAGCCGUUAUUUGGAAGCCAGGUCUCUGAACGAAAGAGAUUAUCAUAAUCGGCGCUACAUCGACGAGUAUAGGAAUGAUGACAGUCAAGGAUUUGAAUUUGGGCAUCAUCACAGAGACCAUGAGAGUGGUUAUCACAACCACAGUAGCAAGUCCUCUGGUAGAAGUGGAAGAAGUAGUUACAAAAAGAAGUUCAACUUUCAUCGUAGCUCCUCGCACCAUUCGCAUACGAAGAGUCACCGAAGGAAAAGAUCCAGGAGUGUAGAGGAUGAUGAGGAGGGUCACCUGAUCUGUCAGAGUGGAGACGUACUAAGUGCAAGAUACGAAAUCGUGGCUACUUUAGGCGAAGGGGCCUUUGGGAAAGUGGUGGAAUGCAUCGAUCAUAAAGCGGGCGGUAGGCACGUUGCAGUUAAAAUCGUUAAAAAUGUCGAUAGAUACUGUGAAGCGGCCCGUUCCGAAAUACAAGUGUUGGAGCACUUAAACGCAACAGACCCAAACAGCACAUUCCGCUGCGUCCAGAUGCUGGAGUGGUUCGAUCACCACGGUCACGUUUGCAUCGUCUUUGAACUGCUGGGGCUCAGUACCUAUGACUUCAUUAAAGAAAACAGUUUUUUGCCUUUUCGGCUGGAUCACAUCAGGCAGAUGGCAUACCAGAUCUGCAAAUCUGUAAAUUUCUUGCACAGUAACAAACUGACUCACACAGAUCUGAAGCCGGAAAACAUUUUAUUUGUGCAGUCCGAUUACGUGGAGGAGUAUAAUCCCAAAAUGAAACGGGAUGAACGCACGCUGAAAAAUGCGGACAUCAAAGUUGUGGACUUCGGAAGCGCAACGUACGACGACGAACAUCACAGCACGCUAGUGUCCACGAGACACUACAGAGCCCCCGAGGUCAUUCUAGCUCUCGGAUGGUCCCAGCCCUGUGAUGUCUGGAGCAUCGGCUGCAUUCUCAUUGAAUAUUACCUGGGCUUCACCGUGUUUCCGACACACGACAGUAAAGAGCACUUGGCAAUGAUGGAAAGGAUCCUAGGACCUCUACCCAUGCAUAUGAUACAGAAAACGAGGAAACGAAAGUACUUCCACCAUGACCAGCUGGACUGGGACGAGCACAGCUCUGCCGGAAGAUACGUCUCCCGCCGCUGCAAACCACUAAAGGAAUUCAUGCUCUCUCAGGAUACCGACCACGAGCACCUGUUCGACCUCAUCCAGAAGAUGCUGGAAUACGAUCCGUCCAAAAGAAUCACUCUGAGAGAAGCCAUGAAGCAUCCUUUCUUUUCCUGCCUGAAGAAAGAAAAGAUGUGACGGGUCUCGCUCCGUGGACAACUUGUACAGCUCUCCAGCAGAGAGGAUAUAGACUGUGUCAGUCCAAACUCUGUAUAUAUUAAAUUAUUUUGUACAGUCAGCUUUGUCAAUUUCUUAAGUUUUUGUAUCACUGCCAUGUUUGUCGUCCCCCAGGUAUCGAAAUAAACACUAAUGAGAAUGCCUUGGA